AUGGAUCCACCAUCCGCCAGUUUUAUUCUUCAAUCUACUCUCUUCAUUCUCACUGUUACUGCUCUCGUCGUUCCCACCCAUGCCCAAAAGACUUUCACGUGGGGAUUUUCUAACAAACAAAUCCCUACAGAUUUGCUGGCAUGCACCGACUUUCCCAUCACAAUAGAACCUGCCACAAGCAGUGGAAAUUUGACUGGCAUUCCACCAUACUACAUGAUUGGAUAUGCCAUCAAUGGGAUAUCAAGGACGACUUUUGUCGGCUCAAACGCAAGUAGUGUGAAGUGGACGGUGGAUUUUCCCAUAGGCACCAAACUGGUUCUGAGUGUUUUUGACUCUGAAGGAACUUCUGGAGGUAUUUCACCAAAUGAAUAUACUGUUGUUGGCGGUUCCUCAACGACUUGCAUCAUUAAUGAUGCCAAGAGGGAUUUCAUUCUCACUUCUAACUCCACUGGUGACACCAUCAAUACUUGUGACCCGUGGGGUCUUCGAAUCAAGGGUGGUGUUAAACCAUACAGUGUCACCUUGAUGCAGAUUAGCUCUCCAAGCAUCACCAAUGUCACAAUGGGACCAAAUGACGAUGCCUACACCUACAGGAUGAGAGGUGCUCCAGGUGACCGUAUGAUUGCUGUGGUGAACGACAUAACUGGACGUUUUGCAUAUCAGGCUGCUACUAUUAUGCCUAAAGGGUCAACAGAUGUUGACUGCCCAGGUCUCAGUAGUAUGUCUGGGAGCACAGGCGAUUUUGAUAGACAAGUAGAAGAAGCCCAUGCAGCAGCAGAAGCCAAAGAUCGACACAAGCACACAGCUAUCAUUGCCGGUACUGUUGUAGCGGUGGUUGCCCUUUUCUUUGCUACUCUCACAAUGUGGUACUUCCUCUGGUACAGGCCUCACCCAAUACAAACUUCAAAAGUUGAACCUUACUGCCAGACUCACACUGAUGGUGCCAAGGGCAGUCAACGAUUUAAAGCACAGGAGGCAGGUGUGGGUGGUGAAACAGUGCAGCUGGGGCAUGGUCAAACCUCCAGCGAGUCUAGUGACCAAACACCAAUCAACUGUAAUCCUUCCCUUCCAUAUGUGGAAACCUCAGAGGCUCAUACGGCAUCUUUGGGGACAACAGUUGCUGGACAGCUGGAAGUUAUCAUCCAACAUCGAGAUGGUGGCACAGGUUGUGUGAGGGAGCUCCCACCUCCAUAUGUUGAUCGCACUUUGCAAGAGGUGUCAUGA